AUGAGUCUCGUCCGCCACAAAGCCCGCCCGACUGCUGCUACAGACUCUCAGACCAGGUCUCACCCAAGAGAGAAGAGAGAGAACAUCAAUAACCCCCCAGAUUCUGUUGUCGUGCACGGACAGGCGGAUGCAGCACUCGCUGCUCGUACAGGUACUCGUGCAGGUAUGGAUUGGAUGGUAUCGAUUCCGUACAGGUAUUACUGCACACCCACGCCCGCAUUCACAGGCACUGGCUACCUUACCUGGCAACUGGAGACAUCCAAUGCCCGCAGACUGGAUGCAGCUCUCAAAACCCCCAAACCGCGCGCAUCCAAGACCGACACGCUCAGCGCCCCAUCGCCAACUGGAGCCUCCAUCCACAGCGUGCCAGAAUCACCGCCGCCAGCGUGGAUGCUCUGCGCUGGCCGGUACCAGCAAAUUGCGUGGCUGACUGCGUGGAGGACAAGUCACCUGCUGCGUGUCCAGGAUCUUGCACUGUGGACUCAUGGCUUCACCAACGAAAUCGAGGGCAGAAUCUCCAUCCGUGGGCAGUGCCGCCGUGCGCCGUCGGUACGUGAGACUGCUAGUCCGCGAUCUGCUGCUGACCAACUCGGUGCCAAUCCUCCAAGCGACGCCGCCUCGCUUUUGGCACCUGGUGCCGAGCACAGUACGUGUAAGUCGCCAUCGCUCCGCUACGAGGUUCAGGAACACUUGUCAGCCGCGGACAUGGAGUAUCUCUCUUCAUUGGAAAUUUCGCCAUCAUCUGCUCGGAAAUUGGGGCAAUUCCGGUUGCCUGCUCGUUUGGGUAUUUUCUGGUCCGGGGCCUGGGGUCGCUGUUGGCAUGUCCACCUCGUGAAUUGGAUCACCGCUCUGUGGCAUCAACUCGCAAUUACGAAGCAAUCAAAGCGUAUACAAGAAACCAAGAUCCAUCACUUGGACGUCGAUGAGCAACCGCAUACGAGCAUGUUCGGCACGGCAAGGUUCGACUUUGGUUAG